UUCGCAUUUUUUCGAUCCACUGACCAGAGUUUUGACCCAUCGACGCCAUGCCGGCAGUUUGUACAGUCUGCGUUCGCACAGAGGCACGCUACACGUGUCCAAGAUGUCAAGCUGCAUACUGCAGUCUCAGCUGCUACCAGGCGCAUAGCGGCAAGUGCACCGAGAGCUUCUACAAGUCACAGGUAGAGGAGGAGCUCAAGAGUCAGAAGAUCGAUGAUGAAGAACGGCGACGCCUGGAGAAGGUCCUGAUGUCCCUCUCCAGUUUGGAUCAGGCUGAGGAUGAUGAGGAGGAGGAAGAAGAUGGUCCCUCUGAUGAUCGUUUGGAGGCCUUAGCCGCCCUGGCAGAACGUGGAUUGUUGAACCUGGACGAUCUCUCGGAGGAGGAGGCGAAACGUUUCUUUAGCGAGUUGAAAGCGGGCGACCUGGGUCGUGCUCUGGGAGCAUGGGAGCCCUGGUGGCAUAAAACUGCUGUGAUCGACUUGAUGUCACUGGAUGACGAGAUCGGAGGUGAUGAGCGACUUCACCAGAAUCCACCAGAGCACCUUUGCUGCAGUGCGAGCGGUGACCGGAAGGCUCAUCCUUCCGUGGUCUUUACCCUUCUAGAGGCACUCUAUGCCUAUGUACAUACCCUGCGUAGCUUCAACGGCGACUGGUCAUGGGAUCCUCUUGAAGCAGCUGCCCACAUGUUUCACCUUGGCCGCAGCAUUUGGGGACGACAGGUCUACGACUCAGUCACUGAAGCCCUACAAGCUCCACAAAGCGUGGCCUGCAAGUUGCCGGGCGGAGGUUUUGGAGCUGAUUUUGAUAGACAUUGUUUGGCAGAUGUGGCAACCAUCCUGAGAAGAGGGGUGGGAUCAUGUGCGAGAGCUCUUUUGGAGGCUCAAGAUCUCUCAGAGAACGCCCAGCAGAUGGCGCAGGACCCAAAAUCUGCUUCGCGCUUGUUGCGAGGUGUGAAGAAACUGCAGUUCUUGGCAUCUUUUGCAUGGUAUCAUGAAGAGGCCUUCCCAGAGAUUGCAGCAGAAGUCCAAGCUUUGCAGGAGGUCCUUGAAACGGCGUCGGUGAAGUCCAAGGAAGCACAGAGGAUGGAAAUUGCGAAAGGUAACAUAUUGUUGCCUGAAAGGACAUGAAAAAAUAUUUUUAAAAAACAAGAACGCGACAGAAUCGAUAUUAUAGAUAGAA